AAGCCUCUCACUCGCUGACAGAAGGCACCAUUUGGUCCAAGAAACCCCAAGGAGUUAAGGUUGGUCUAGCUCAUCUGCAGCCAUGAAAUUCUCCCUCGUCGCCGCUCUUGUUGUUGUCCUGGCUGUUGCCCACGGCUCUGAUGCCGGCUCAUUGGUGAAGCGUGACGUCCAGGCUGAUGUGGACAAGAUCACAGGUCUCAUCAACGACAUGUCUGCCAGCCUCACCGCCACAACCCAGGAACUGGUGGAUCAGGUGAAAGCUCUGGAUGUGACCAACACCGCCCAGACUUACAUGGAGAACAGCAAGGCCAAGCUCCAGCCUCUGGUUGAGAAGGCCCAGGCCGAGGCCGCUAAGAUGCAGGAGCAAAUCAAGCCUUUCAUCGCCAGCAUGGAGGAGCAGAUGAAGCCUCUGACUGACGCCUUCGACAUUCAGGUCAAGCCCCUGACCGACAACAUCCAAGAGCAGGUCAAACCUCUGACCGACAUGCUGGAGAAGUUCCUCCAGCAGGUCAUGGACAGACCAAGGCCCUGAUGCCCCCCCAGUAAAAAAAGCCUUCCGGUGGUUCGUUCCAGCUGUGGAAACAUCUGAGCUGCGCUUGUGCUAACAUUGAGCUGUCGUACUCCUCCAUCU